AUGGAGAAAGACGACUCAGAACACCUCAACGUCUAUCGACCAAUUACCCUCGUUUUGCAAAUCUACAAAGUCUGCAUCUGCAUCUUUCUCAAGUACGAAGAAGGUCGCUUUUUAACAGGGUUUUCUACCAUCGACCAUAUUCAGAUCAUCCAGCAUUUGACAGAACAGUACACAACGAAUAUCAAGUGCCACUGUUUUGCUUCGGUCGACCGCAGGAAAGCGUUCGAUUCGGUGGAAUUGAUCGUUGUGGCAAACGUCUUGCAUGAACAUGUCACAGUCCCCCUUUCCAUCAAUCUGAUCGACUAA